CGUCCCGCGGUGGGCGCCGGGGCGUCCGGGCUCCUGCCUUCUCCCUCCGCGGGCUCGCUGUACCCGCCGCGCCAGCUGCGGUCGGCUGAUGCCGAGACGCCCCUAGGGGGGCUUUAGCGUCCUGUUGCGCCGCGACAUCCCCGCCGACCGGUUUCUUAGGGGAGACAUCGGCUUGUUUGAGACCUCAUGGCCAAAAGAAAGGAAGGAAAUUUCUUUUCUCCUGAAAAUGCUAAAAGACCAAGACAAGAAGAGUUGGAUGAUUUUGAUAAAGAUGGUGAUGAAGAUGAAUGUACAGUUUCUUUUACUAAUGGUACCUCUACUUUGACUGCUGCAGAAGUUGGAAUAAUUGAGAGUAUUCAGCUGAAAAACUUCAUGUGUCAUUCAAUGCUUGGACCCUUUAAAUUUGGUUCUAAUGUCAACUUUGUUGUUGGCAAUAAUGGAAGUGGGAAGAGUGCAGUACUCACAGCUCUCAUAGUUGGUCUUGGUGGAAAAGCAAUUGCUACUAAUCGAGGAUCUUCUUUAAAAGGUUUUGUGAAAGAUGGACAGAACUCGGCAGAUAUCUCGAUAACGUUAAGGAACAGAGGGGAUGACGCCUAUAGAGCAAAUGUGUACGGUGACUCUAUAAUUGUGCAACAGCACAUCAGCAUGGAUGGAAGCCGAUCUUAUAAACUUCGAAGUCAAACAGGUGCUGUGGUUUCUACUAAGAAAGAAGAACUGAUUGGAAUUCUUGACCAUUUUAACAUACAGGUAGAUAAUCCGGUUUCUGUUUUAACACAAGAGAUGAGCAAACAGUUCUUACAGUCUAAAAAUGAGGGAGACAAAUACAAAUUUUUCAUGAAAGCAACCCAACUUGAACAAAUGAAAGAAGAUUAUUCAUAUAUUAUGGAAACAAAAGAGAGAACAAAGGAGCAGAUAAAUCAAGGAGAAGAGCGACUUACUGAAUUAAAGCGCCAGUGUUUGGAGAAAGAAGAACGUUUUCAAAGUAUUGCUGGCUUAAGUACAAUGAAGACCAAUCUCGAAGACUUGAAACAUGAAAUGGCUUGGGCAGUGGUCAAUGAAAUUGAAAAGCAGUUGAAUGCUAUCAGAGAUAACAUUAAAAUUGGAGAAGAUCGUGCUGCUAGACUUGAGAGAAAAACAGAAGAACAGCAGGUCAGACUUAAUGAAGCAGAAAAAAAAUACAAGGAUAUUCAAGAUAAACUAGAAAAGAUCAGUCAAGAGACAAAUGCACGAGCACCAGAAUGUCUGGCAUUGAAAGCAGAUCUUACGUCUAAGAAAAGGGUCUAUAAUGAAGCUGAGGUUUUAUAUAACCGUUCCUUAAACGAAUAUAGAGCAUUAAAGAAAGAUGAUGAACAGCUUUGCAAAAGAAUUGAAGAACUGAGAAAAAGUGCUGAUCAGUCUAUGGAACCUGAGCGGUUGGAAAGGCAAAAAAAAAUAUCUUGGUUAAAAGAGAGAGUAAAGGCCUUACAAGAUCAAGAAAUUUCAGUCAAUCAAGAGAUUGAACAAUUUCAGCAAGCUGUAGAAAAGGACAAAGAAGAACAUACCAGAAUUAAGAGAGAAGAAUUAGAUGUGAAGCAAAUACUGAAUUAUAAUCAGAAGCAACUGAAAGAAUUGAAAGAUAGUAAAACUGAUCGACUCAAAAGAUUUGGCCCUAAUGUUCCAGCUCUUCUUGAAGCAAUAGAUAAUGCUUACAGACGAGGGCAAUUUACCUAUAAACCUGUAGGCCCUUUAGGAGCUUGCAUUCGUCUUCGGGACCCUGAGCUUGCUUUGGCUAUUGAAUCCUGCUUAAAAGGACUUCUGCAGGCCUAUUGUUGCCAUAAUCAUGCUGAUGAAAGAGUGCUUCAAGCACUGAUGAAAAGGUUUUAUUCACCAGGGACCUCACGGCCACAGAUAAUAGUUUCUGAAUUUCGCAAUGAGGUGUAUGAUGUAAGACACAGAGCUGCUUAUCAUCCAGAGUUCCCUACGGUUCUGACAGCUUUAGAAAUAGACAAUGCAGUUGUUGCAAAUAGCCUAAUUGACAUGAGAGGUAUUGAGACAGUGCUGCUAAUCAAAAAUAAUUCUGUAGCUCGUGCAGUAAUGCAGUCUCCAAAGCCACCCAAGAACUGUAGAGAAGCUUUUACUGCUGAUGGUGAUCAGGUUUUUGCAGGGCGUUAUUAUUCAUCUGAAAAUACAAGACCCAAGUUUCUAAGCAGAGAUGUGGAUUCUGAAAUAAGUGACUUGGAGAAUGAGGUCGAAAAUAAAAAAGCCCAGAUACUGAAUUUACAGCAACAUUUGUGUGCCCUUGAAAAGGAUAUUAAACGCAAUGAAGAAUUUCUUAGAAGGUGUCAACUGCAUUAUAAAGAAUUAAAGAUGAAAAUCAGAAAAUGUCUUUCUGAAAUUCGGGAACUUGAGAAUAUAGAAGAGCACCAGUCUGUAGAUAUUGCAACCUUGGAAGAUGAAGCUCAUGAAAAUAAAAUGAAAAUGAAAACAGUUGAGAAAAAUAUGGAAAAACAAAAAGAACAUAUGGAAUAUCUUAAAAGUCUGAAAAUAGAAGCAGAAAACAAAUAUGAUGCAAUUAAACUGAAAAUUAAUCAGCUGUCAGAACAAGCAGAUCCACUUAAGGAUGAAUUAAACCUUGCCGAUUCUGAAGUGGAUAACCAAAAACGCGGGAAGCGGCAUUAUGAAGACAAGCAAAAAGAACACUUGGAUACUUUAAAUAAAAAGAAACGGGAGCUAGAUAUGAAAGAAAAAGAACUAGAGGAGAAAAUGUCACAAGCAAGACAAAUCUGCCCAGAGCGGAUAGAAGUAAAAAAAUCUGCAUCAAUUCUAGACAAAGAAAUUAAUAGAUUAAGACAGAAGAUACAGGCAGAACAUGCUAGUCAUGGAGAUCGAGAGGAAAUAAUGAGGCAGUAUCAAGAAGCAAAAGAAACCUAUCUUGAUCUGGAUAACAAAGUAAGGACUUUAAAAAGGUUUAUUAAAUUACUGGAAGAAAUAAUGACUCAUAGAUACAAAACAUAUCAACAAUUUAGAAGGUGUUUGACUUUACGAUGCAAAUUGUACUUUGACAACUUACUAUCUCAGCGGGCCUAUUGUGGAAAAAUGAAUUUUGACCACAAGAAUGAAACUCUUACUAUAUCAGUUCAGCCUGGAGAGGGAAGCAAAGCCGCUUUCAAUGACAUGAGGUCUUUAUCUGGCGGUGAACGUUCUUUUUCCACGGUUUGCUUCAUUCUUUCUCUUUGGUCCAUUGCCGAAUCUCCUUUCAGAUGCCUGGAUGAGUUUGAUGUCUACAUGGAUAUGGUUAACCGGAGAAUUGCCAUGGACAUGAUACUCAAGAUGGCAGAUUCCCAGCGCUUCAGACAGUUUAUCUUGCUUACUCCUCAAAGCAUGAGUUCACUUCCACCAAGUAAACUGAUUAGAAUUCUUCGAAUGUCUGAUCCUGAAAGAGGACAAACUACGUUGCCUUUCCGACCUGUGUCUCAAGAGGAAGAAGAAGACCGGAGUUGAUUUGUGACUUCAUGUGCCAUAUCCUCAUAUAGAAAGAUGUGUAAAGGGAAAAACAUUCGGGACUAUUUGAUGAAGUAAACUGAAACCGAAGAUAUUCUGAAGUAAAAGAAACUCCUAUAUGUAUCCAACCAUAAUGAAACAUGUAAAUAAGCCUAGAAGAUCAACCAAAACCAGCAAUUUAAAAUUACUAUUACUUUACUUUGAGAAAAUCAAUUUCAUAGUCCUGGUUUUAAAUCUUUUUAAGUUUGUUUGUUUUUUAUUUUAACCAUCUAUUUUAUAGAUUCUUUUUCAGAAGUUUAAAAUUUUGUACAUAAUGUACAUGUACAUAUCUGUUUAGUUUGGGUUCAUUUCUAUAGUAUUUUGUAAGAAUUAAAAUAAAAGUUUGAGCACUUGGUUA